UCGGAGAGUGACGCACGUCUCCUUCGCGCCUCGCCAGAUUCACUCUCCCCAACUCGUUUUUUUAUCAGAUUUUCGAGCUCCUUUUUCCCUUCAAAUUUGAUGUAGGUUUAUUAAGGGCCUUAACUACAACUUAAGUUUCUGAUUUGUUUGUUCGGUGAUCAUGGCGGAAAGCCACGACAUGCAACGCAAUCUGUAUCCAAACAACAACAACUGGAGCAGCAAAGAGACGCGCUGUUUGAUUGGUCUAUGGAACAAUGACAAGAUUCUACGUAAACUAGAACAGCCCAGGAACAGAAAGGUGUACGAUUUUCUGACUCAACAGCUAAGGAAAAAGGGUUACAACCGGACUACAAAACAGGUGAACAAAAAGAUCAGGGACCUGAAAUACUCCUACCGCAGAAGUAAGGAGACAGCCGGGAAAAGAGACUGGGAGUUCUUUGAGGAGCUGGACACUUUCUUGGGUGAUGUCUCCAGAACUGGGUGUCUACCAGACAACAGGACAGAAGAUGGUGACGUUGGGGAAGAAGAGGAGGUGGACUUCAUCUGUGACAUGACUACACCUCAGGGAUCAAGCCCAUUGGUCAACAUCACUCCCCCCAAACCCAAUCAGAACUGCAGUAACUGGAGUAGCAAAGAGACGCGCUGUUUGAUUGGCCUAUGGAACAACGACAGGGUCCUACGUAAACUGCAACAGCCCAGGAACAAGAAGGUGUACAAUUUUCUGAGCCAAAAGCUAUGGGAAGUGGGUUACACUCGAACGACAAAACAGGUGGCCAAAAAGAUCAGGGACCUAAAAUAUUCCUACCGCAGGAGUAAGGAGACAGCCGGGAAAAGAGACUGGGAGUUCUUUGAGGAGCUGGACUCCUUCUUGGGUGAUGUCUCCAGAACUGACCAUGGACCGGACACCAGGACAGAGGAAGAUGGAGAUGGUGAAUUUGGGGAAGAAGAGGAUGUGGAUUUCAUCUGUGACGUGACAGCACCAUUGGUCGACAACACUCCCACCAAACCCAAAGGCAUCUGGAGCAGCGAAGAAGUACGCUGUCUGAUUGGUCUAUGGAACAACGACAGGAUUUUGUGUAAACUGGAACAGACCAGGAACAAAAAGGGGUAUGACAUUCUGACCCAACAGCUAAGGGAAAAUGGUUACAACCGGACUACAAAACAGGUUAACAAAAAGAUCAGGGACCUGAAGUAUUUUUACCGUAGGAAUAAGGAGACUGCCGCUGAUAGCAGGGCUGGGAAAAGAGACUGGGAGUUCUUUGAGGAGCUGGACACUUUCUUGGGUGAUGCCUGCAGGCUUGCCCGUCUUCGGGGCACCAGGACAGAAGAGGAUGAAGCUUUUUUGGAAAAGCAGGGGCUGUAUUUGUUUGAGGAAAUAGUUCUACAAGAACUAGAACCAAGAUGGAACAAAAAGGGAUAUGAACUUCUGAGCCGAAGGCUGCGGAAAGCGGGUUACAACCGGACUGCAGCACAAGUGAACUCUAAGGUCAAGGCCCUGAAGUGCCGUUACCGCAAGCACAAGGAGACAGUAACCAAUAGUGGACCCGGGAAAAGUGACUGGGAGUUCUUUGAGGAGCUGGACUCCUUCUUGGGUGAUGCCUCCAGCACUGAUCGUCUAUUGGACACUAGGACAGGGGAGGAUGAAGAUGGAGAGGGUGAAGUUGGGGAAGACGAGGAUGUGGAUUUUGUUAGUGACACGGCUACAUCACCACAUGGACCAAUCCCAGCCAUCCUGAACAAAUCCAAUCAGUUUGGCAGUAUCUGGACAAGGAAAGAGACGCGCUGUUUGAUUGGCCUAUGGAACAACGACAGGGUUCUACGUGAACUAGAACGGACACAUUGCAGAAAGGGAUAUGAACUGCUCUCCAGACAGCUGCAAGAAGCAGGUUACAACCGGACUGCAGCACAAGUGAAAUCUAAGGUCAAGGCCAUGAAGCACCGUUACCGCAGGCACAAAGAGACAGCCGGGAAAAGUGACUGGGAGUUCUUUGAGGAGCUGGACUCCUUCUUGGGCAAUGUCUCCAGACCUGACCAUCGACUGGACACCAGGACAGUGGAGGAUGAAGAUGGUGAAUUUGGGGAUGACAAGGAUGUCAAUUCCAUCAACAGCAUCACUACAUCACCACAUGGACCAAUCCCAGCCAUGCUGAACAAAUCUAAUCAGUUUGGCAGUAUCUGGACAAGAAAAGAGACGCGCUGUUUGAUUGGCCUAUGGAACAACGACAUUGUUCUACGCAAACUGCAACGGACACAUAACAGAAAGGGAUACGAACUGCUCUCCAGACAGCUGCAAAAAGCGGGUUACAACCGGACUGCAGCACAAGUGAGAUCUAAGGUCAAGGCCCUGAAGGUCAUUUACCGCAGGCACAAGGAGACAGCCGGAAAAAGAGACUGGGAGUUCUUUGAGGAGCUGGACUCCUUCUUGGAAGAUGUCUCCAGACCUGCCCAGCUACCGGACACCAGGACUGAGGAGGAAGAAGAGUCGUCCAGUACGCAAGAUGGCGUACAUCCCGUUCGCCUGGUGGAUAACACGCGAGCAAUGGAUGCUGAGAUGGUUUCAUUCGCUUCGAACCUUGACGUAGAAAGCGAGGGAGAUGGCGACAGUUUCUUUGAAAUGGAGGGCGAAGCUGAUGAAGAUGAAGGAGACUCGGACAGUUCCAUCUGUGGUCUGAGUAAGGAGGUGACACUAGCUGUACUACCCAGACUGCAGCUGGAGGAGCUACUGGUGGAACUGAGGAGGAGGAAUGUGGACAUGGCAGGUUCCAACAACAGAAAGAACUUGGUGAAGGUCCUUCAUCAUCUAAUGGUAGGAGAGUACGCUGUUGAGGAGCUCAAGAGCAUCACCACGGGUACCAAGAAUGUCGCCUCAUGUAACGUCAAAGAGACUGCCUCCACCAAACCCAUGGUAUGGGUGGUCCAACCGGGCGCUUCAGGUAACGAAAAUCUCAUGGUGGCCAAGAAUGCCCAGAGUUUGACACAAGGUCGUAAGAGAGUGACGUCAUCAACUCGUAACACGUCAGGACCAAUGAGAGCACCCGUAGAGUCACAGUCCAGGAAUCAGCCAAUCAACACACAGAAGACAAAAUCCAUGGCUGCAGAAACAACUGUCCAACCAGGCAGCGCCUCCGACAAGCUGAAAGAGAUCGUGGAUCAAGUUACAAGGGAUCUGGAGGGAUCUCAAUCCAACAGCCUGGAGGGAUCUCGAGCUAGCGAUCUGGACAGAUCCCAACCUGACACUGCCGUCAAUGCAGUUUCUAGCAGUGCAGGCAAUGCAAGCAGCUCAUCGAACCCAGAGAGUUUGAACAGGUUGGUAAAGCAAGAAGGGAAUUACCAGCAAAAAGAAAUGCAAGAAGGUGACAGGGAGAAGGAAUACACAGAUGACAGUGACAACAUGGACUGGGAUCCAGAAGAUGAUGAAGCAAUGUCUGAUGAUUUCUCCGAGGGGGAGGACACAGCAGAUGGAACAGCACUGCAGGAAGCAUCAUGGGAUACAGGAGGGGGUGAUGCCAACAGUGGAACAGCACCAGAAGAUAUGCCUAGUUCCUCCGGAGGGGGGAGUGCGACUGAGGGAAUAGCAACCCCACAAAAGCCUCCAAAGUUUGUGAUGACUAGAGAGGCCCUGAAAAAUCCACAGCUCUAUUAUGGGACUCGUAUACCGUCAAAAAAGAAGAGGGGUACAAAGAAGAAAUGUCCAUACUGUCCCUACCUUGGGGACAAUAGGACACUUGAGCUUCAUAUCCGCAUUCAUACCGGGGAGAAACCAUUCAAGUGUUCCAUGUGCGACUACUCGGCUUGUCAGAAGGCAAACUUGGAUCGUCACAUGCUGAAACACACCGGGGAGAAACCAUUCAUGUGCGGGGAGUGUGGGUACAGGACAGCCUACAAGUGCCAUCUCAUGCCACAUAUGCUGGAGCAUGCUGGAUCCAAACCAUUUGUGUGUGAAGACUGCGGGUACAGGACCAUCAGGAAGAGUAAUCUGAAGUGGCAUCAGAAGACCCAUCAGAAAAACCGCAAGCACAAGCACAGCUGCACACUGUGUCCCUACACUGCCAGGAGGAGUGUGGAAAUCGUCAAACACAUGGACUAUAAACACAAGGACAGAAGGCCAGAUGACCACAGCCUAGACCAUGAGUCAGCUGUGGCGGUCAGCAACAUAGCAACUGUUGACCAUCACAGCUCUGCACCAUCCGCUGACCUCCAGCAGCAGCCCAGCAGUUCCUCUGUUCAACACUUGCAGGUUGAAACACAAUCCAACUGCAAUACAGCACCAGAGGGUUCAGCCUUCACAUGAAAAUACCCUGGCUAGUAAAACGGACACAAGUCUUACAAAAUCACCAUUUCUUACACUCUUCAGCCAUGUCAGUGUUUAAUGAUGCUUCGUGGCAGUUUAUGAGAAAUGUCACCUCAAACUUGGACCCUCAAAACCCUUUCGUCACUUUUUUACAACGGACUAUCAAGGACCCCGGUCGCGCAAGAACUGGGGUGUGCACUGUUAACUAGAACACAAAAUAAGGGCCAAGAAUGAUCAUAGCGCUCAUGAAUAUUCAUGAGAGUACCUUUUGCUCAUCCCUGAUUCCAUGUGUCUUGUAACAGCCCUAAAAAGUUACCAGUGGUUGGCUGACUGCAUAGAUUUUCAUAUACAGCGUCAUGCUCUGUGAUGCUCUGUAGGUCACUCGUCAUCUCUGUCAAGUAUUAUCUUGUCCUUUUGAUAUGUUACAGUGCAAGCAGUAAGUGACCACCCAGCUUUGUCAUAUGGAUCAGAUUCCAUGGAUCCAGAGGUUGAGGGUUCGAUGCCCGCUCGGCACAACUGGUUGUAGUUGUGUCAGCUCUUUAGAUAUACGCCUCAAGUUUUAUAACCAUCUGCAUGUAAAAGAAGACAGCACACUUAUUGAG